AGCACACUCAGGACCGACAUUGACGCGUAUAUUGGGAAUGUGGGCCUCCCAUCACUGGUGCCCUUCAUAGACCUCCUGUUAUGUUGAGCUCGGCUGUGGUUAUUUCUCUGCCCCGAUUCAUGACAUUGAGGUCUAAGGGCGACGGGUCUUAAGGUCAGCCGUAGGAUGCUUUGAAACCAACGCCACAACUACCAUGUCUUCGACAUCAUCGACGGUUGGCACGCAACAAAUCUGGAGACCAUGGAGUAUCCCUCUCGACGACAUGCUAAUGCGCCGCAAGCUCUGUGGCGUACUGAACAAAAUUACAGAUUCUAACUUCGAAUCUAUGUCCGACCGGAUCGUUCCUCUCGCGGUGUCCGUUGAGAGGAGUGAGAAUUCAGAGCUCUUGGACACAUUCGUUCGAAUGAUUUUCCAGCGGGGCCUUUCGGACACAAGGUUUACUGAUGUCUAUGUGAACCUAUGUCAAAAGAUCGUUGAUGAGCUGGAGGGCGAGCGGAGUCAGUGGCGCAGGGUGGACUUAUUCCACAUUGGUAAUCCUAUGGUGUGCUUCGAGACGUCUCUCCGAGUUCUGUCACAGUACGAGUUUGAUCGUAUCGUGGACAGCGGAGAUCUGGAGACUCUUCUUAUCUUCAGCAAGUUCGUCGGUGGCCUGUUCACAGAAGGUGUCCUGUAUGUGAGCGACGUGCAGAGCAUACUUGACGAUCUCUUCGCUCGUGCUAGAUAUAGCAAUGGCCACUCUGUGGCUAUUCGGCGGUUUUUAUCGCCAGUACUGGAUGCGUUCAACGCGUCCCAAUUCCUGGACCUCCUCGCAAUUUUCCCGCGUGUGGAAAAUAUCUUACAGGAGGGUAAAAUAUCGUCAAUGACACGAUAUAUUAUGAUGCACCUGCACGAUGAAAUCUUGUAUCCACAGCCUCAAGAUGCCUUCUCAUCCUCUCGUCAGAGGAUAGAGGUGUAUGGCCUUGAUGUAGAUGACAGUGACUUGGAAUCUGCAGACGAUUUACAAGAAGACUUAGCUCGCAUUCUCCGCGCAUGUGACGAGCAGGCCCGAUACACCAUCUUUCGGCGAGACUUCAUUCGGGGAGUGCGGUUCUUCCAAGAGUUGAGAGUUGAUGAUCGCCACCUCUUCGUCUCAAGUCUGCUGUCAAUAGUCUUUUCGUCUGGUGGCUUUGAUGAUGCUGCCUUCAUUGCGGGAUUAUUUUCGAGAGAUGCUAUUCGAGACCUAUGUCGAUAUGGGGACGCAUUUAUUGAAGGCUUUGGACCUUCCAUGGCCGAUUUAGAAGAUAUCUGCCUUGAUGUUCCAGACGCGUAUCCUAUGAUGGCACUCAUGGUCCAUUCAUCCGCACUUAGCACGUCUGUCGUGACAGACCUAGCCUCAUUGAUACGACCCACCACUUCUAGCAGUUCCAAUCCCCGCGAGAGAUUCCUGGAAGCCUAUUCGUUUGCAGCUUUGAAGUCGGAGUCUGCUGUUCAAAGCUCCGUGGAGGAGGAGGCUGAUGAUUGAAGUUGAAUAGUUAUAUAGAAAAGUCUUCACACUUAAUGUCAAUUAGGGGAUGUAAACACUCUUGUAUCCGUUGGAAUUAGACUAGUUCACAGAUUUAGGAAUGUACAGUAGAUUAAUCACAGAUACGUAUGCUAGAGAUCGUAACUGUGUACUGAUCAAGUUGAACUACCUCUAACCCUGCGUCUUUUGGUUUCGGC